AUGGUCCAUAAAAGCGGAAAAGAUCAUAAUAUGGUUACCUCAUAUUAUGUCUCUCAUGGAGACAGAGACAGAGACCAAGGAGACAGAGACAGAGACAGAGACCAAGGAGACAGAGACCAAGGAGACAGAGACAGAGACAGAGACAGAGACCAAGGAGACAGAGACAGAGACAGAGACAGAGACAGAGACAGAGACAGAGACCAAGGAGACAGAGACAGAGACAGAGACAGAGACCAAGGAGACAGAGACAGAGACCAAGGAGACAGAGACAGAGACAGAGACAGAGACCAAGGAGACAGAGACAGAGACAGAGACAGAGACCAAGGAGACAGAGACAGAGACAGAGACAGAGACCAAGGAGACAGAGACAGAGACAGAGACAGAGACCAAGGAGACAGAGACAGAGACAGAGACAGAGACCAAGGAGACAGAGACAGAGACAGAGACAGAGACCAAGGAGACAGAGACAGAGACAGAGACAGAGAACAAGGAGACAGAGACAGAGACAGAGACAGAGACCAAGGAGACAGAGACAGAGACCAAGGAGACAGAGACAGAGACAGAGACAGAGACCAAGGAGACAGAGACAGAGACAGAGACAGAGACCAAGGAGACAGAGACAGAGACAGAGACAGAGACAGAGACCAAGGAGACAGAGACAGAGACAGAGACAGAGACACUACUCAUAUAGACCAAUCAACCUUCUACCAAUUGUUUCAAAAGUGCUCGAAAAACUCCUGCUUCAACAUAUCUUAA